AUGCCAAUUCUAAUCAAUAUUUUCUAUUCCAUCAUCUUCCUGCAACAAUCAACAUGCUUCAACAGCCAAACCGAUUUACAUUCUCUACUAGCAAUCAAAUCCGCAAUUACUAAUGACCCCCUCGGAGCUCUCGAUUCUUGGAAUGAAACGACGUCAUUCUGUGGUUGGAACGGCAUCCGGUGCGGCUUGGACAGAGUCGUUGGAAUAAAUUUGAUGUCUCAAGGCUUGGUCGGAUCUCUCUCUCCUCACGUAGGUAACCUCUCUUUCCUUACAACACUUCAUCUCCAAAACAACACCUUUCAUGGCCCCAUCCCUCACCAAAUUGGUCUCUUAACAAGACUUCAAUCCCUCAUUCUUGAAAACAACUCCUUUGUAGGCCCAAUACCUAAAACCAUAUCUCAAUGUUGGAAUCUUUUGCAUCUAAGUUUGUCCGAUAAUGAGCUCUCCGACAACAUACCCUCAGAGCUCGGAUCGUUGUCCAAGCUGGAAGUCCUAGUGUUAGCUAGAAAUAAUCUACAUGGGCCAAUCCCUCCAUCUAUAGGAAACCUAACAUCAUUGGAAGAAAUUUCCUUACUAACUUGUGGUUUGACAGGAGAAAUUCCGGCAUCAUUUUCACAACUUCAAUCCCUAAUAUUUGUACAACUAAGUGACAACUAUUUAACCGGCACUAUUCCAUCUUCUCUCUUUAACAUCUCGACUAUUAAAUAUUUCUACGCUGCGGGUAAUGAACUUAGUGGAAUAUUGCCCUCUAACUUAGGUAUCACACUUCCUAAUUUGGAAGGCCUUUAUUUGUGGGGCAACAACUUUAGUGGGCCAAUUCCAUUUUCCAUCUCAAAUGCUUCAUUUCUUGCACAAAUAGACCUCUCCUUGAACUAUUUCAUAGGGAAACUCCCACGAGUUGGUGGCCUAACUCUUCUACAAAGCUUCAUCUUCGAAUCUAAUCUUCUCGUAGAUGACACGAGCUUCAUUUCCUCGUUGAUCAAUUCGACCAAGCUGGAAGCCAUCGGCGUGGGAGGCAACAAGUUGAGAGGCUCGUUGCCCGACUCCAUUGCCAACCUCUCUACUCGACUUAGUAUGUUGCACAUUGAACAUAACAGAAUUUAUGGGAGAAUUCCUAUAGGCAUUGGAAACCUCAUUGGGCUAACUAGUAUUGAUAUUUCUUACAAUGAUUUACAUGGUCCAAUUCCAACUACCAUUGGGAAGCUCUCAUCUUUGAUCCUAUUUGAUGCACGUGCAAACAGAUUGACCGGAGCACUUCCACCUUCAUUUGGGAACUUGACUUCUUUAAGCACUUUACACUUGUCUGAAAAUAGGUUUUGGGGUUACUUACCUUCAAGCCUUGGUGGCUGCACCGACUUGAUGGAUUUGGAUCUCUCUUACAACAAUUUUAGUGGCUUAAUACCUCAAGAAAUCAUGUCCCUUUCAUCUCUUUCUAUCACGUUCAAUUUCUCUUACAACAACUUUAAAGGUUCGAUUCCGGACGAGGUUGGUCUAUUGUGGAAUCUUGGGACACUAGAUUUCUCGCACAAUAGAUUCUCAGGAUUGAUUCCGGAAUCAUUAGGUCAAUGCAGGAGCUUAGAGAAACUUUAUCUUGAGGAGAAUCUACUCCAAGGAGGGAUUCCUGCAGGAAUGAGUGCUUUAAAGGGUUUGCAAGAUUUGGAUCUUUCACGGAAUAAUCUUUCUGGGGCAAUCCCUGAUUUCUUAGGGAUUCUGCAUCUUGAAAGGUUGAACUUGUCAUUCAAUAGACUGCAAGGAGAGGUCCCAACAAUGGGAGUUUUCAAGAACAAAUCUUUAGUUUCUGUUGAUGGAAACAGUGGUCUCUGUGGAGGGAUUCCGGAGCUGAAGCUUCCUCCUUGUUCUGUAGUAGAAUCGCACAAGAGAAAGCAGCUUUCAACUAUGCUUAAAAUCUUGAUCCCAACAUUAGUUGUUGUGGGCGUAGGCAUCACGUUCUUGAUCACAUUCAUUGCUCUUAAGCAAAGAAGAUCACGAACAAGUGUGACUUCUCAAACGCCCUUCACUGGCAUUGAGAUCAUAAGACUUUCUUACAAGGAUCUCAUCAAAGCCACCGGAGGAUUCUGUGAAGCUAAUAUGCUUGGAUUUGGAAGAUUUGGGUCGGUUUACAAAGGGAUUCUUGAAGAUGGGCAACAAACACAAGUUGCAGUGAAAGUGAUAAAUCUCUCAGUUAGAGGAGCCUCAAAGAGCUUCUUUACAGAAUGCAAUUCUUUGAGAAAUGUGAGGCAUAGGAAUGUGUUGAAGAUAUUGAGUGUGUGUGAGAGCGUAGACUUCCAAGGAAAUGAAUUCAAAGGAUUGGUUUAUGAAUUUAAGGCCAAUGGAAGUCUAGAGAAGUGGUUGCAUCACAGUGAUGAAACUAGCAAUCUUGACUUGAUCCAAAGGCUUAAUAUCAGCAUUGAUGUUGCUCAAGCACUUGAAUAUCUUCAUAUUGGUAUGGGAUCAUGUAUAGUUCAUGGGGAUUUGAAGCCUAGUAACAUACUUCUAGAUGAUGAUAUGAUUGCAUAUGUUGGUGAUUUUGGAUUGGCCAAAAUUAUUUCGGAUAUGGUUUCGUCGCAUGAAAGCAGCUUGAUUGGGAUAGCAGGUACCUUAGGCUAUGUAGCUCCAGGUAUGCUCAUCCUACAUUUUAUAAAAAAAAACAUUCUUUUCACAUUAACACUUAAAAUUACUCACUUUUCUUUUUUAUUGAAACGCAAGAAUAUUUAA